AAAUUUUAAUUUUUCUCCGAAACUAUUGAUCGUAUCGCAAAUUUUUUUGCAAAUUUGGUCGUCUUACAUUUCCAUAAAACAACCCGUUUUUGCUUUUUUGUAUCAAUUUUUCGAAAAAAGCGCACAAAACCGAGUUUCCACAGCAACGAUUCAAAUAAUUAAGACAAGAUUGUUAUCUUUUUAUGUUUUUAUUAUUCGCGCAUCAAGGCUAACCCGAUUUACUCGUAUUGGAGAAAGGUGUUGUAAGACACGAAUCGAGUAGUCGUGGUGUUGUCCAAACAAAUGCCUACCGCUUCCUUGACCCUGAAAUGCGCAAACGGGCACUAAUUGCCGGAAUGUUACUCGCGACUGUCAUUUUUUUCGCCAUUAUCGGACUCGGGGUGAAAUCAAGUGACAGUGAGAGUGUCAAAAAUCUCCAAUUGUUACAUGUGAUAAUCAGACAUGGGGCAAGGACACCGGCCGAUACAUAUCCUAACGAUCCUUACAUCAACGAGACUUUUUAUCCAGUCGGCUGGGGACAAUUGACAAAUAAAGGGAAAUUAGAUCUUUACAAUGUGGGGAAAUUCCUCCGGCGACGCUAUGAUAAGUUUUUGGGGGCUCAUUACACCCCUGAUAUUUUUUAUACGCAAUCUACGGACGUGGACCGGACUAAGGCCAGCAUGCAGAUGAUUAAUGCGGGCCUUUGGCCGCCUGAAAUUGAGCAAAAGUGGGGGCCUCUGGACUGGCAGCCCGUCCCUGUACACGCCGAGCCCCUCGCACAAGACAGUCUACUACUAGUGAGACGACCUUGCGCCAACUAUCACCUUGAACUUGACCACGUGUUGCAACUCCCACCAAUCAAGAAAAAAUUCCAAGAAAAUGAAAAACUUUUCCAAGAAUUGAGCGACAAAACCGGAAAAACUGUCAAAAAUUUUGACGACGUCCAGGAUAUCUAUAGUACACUCAAAGCGGAAGAGGGUUUCAAUUUGACGCUCCCUGAUUGGACGAAAAACUACUACCCCCAUCGUAUGACUCCGCCCACUAUCUUCAGUUACGUAUUGAACGCCUAUAGUGACAAGCUUAAACGCCUCAAAGGCGGAGUUUUGCUCAAAAAGCUCAUCUCGGAUUGGUCGAGUAAAGCGGAGGGGAAGUUAAGCCCCGCCCAGCGCAAAGCCUACUUAUACGGCGGACACGACUCGACUAUUACUAAUCUUUUGAGUGCCUUGGGUGUCUGGGAUCCCCAAAUCCCCGAUUAUGGGAUUAUGGUCCUCCUGGAAUUAUCACAGGACCGGAUUACGCGCAAUUUCGGCGUGGAAAUUUUCCUCCGGAAUUCAACCGGGGAACCCCACAAAUUACAAAUUCCCGGUUGUGGGGAGUUUUGCCCUUUGGACAAACUAAUCGAAUUGAGAUCUGAAGUGAUUCCUGAGAAUUGGGAUGAGGAGUGUAAAAGUGACGACCCCGAUUACAUCCCCCCGCCGCCAAGGGGCCCCUAAAUUAAAUAAAUUUCACUUGGAUGGUUUUUAAUAAAAAAAAUCGCGAAUUAAAUUACUUUAUUAAAAAAGAAUAAGUUAUAUCACAAAUUAACAAUUAGUCGGGGCUAGUGUUGGUAGUUGUGGCGUGAACAAAAUAUGCGACCUUGAUUUUACGAAAUAGACGAAAAGCAACGAAAAAAUAAAUACUAUAGAUC